AUGGCGAAUCGACUCUCCCAUUCCCUCAAUGAGAUUGAAUCUCACACUCCCGUCAUCAAGGCGCAAGCUACCGAGAACGAUGUUGCCUCCAAGAAUGGCGAGCAGAUUGAAGAAGGUGACCACGUGUAUACGAGGAUAAGGGGUGGAAGGCACGAGGGGAACGUAAGCGCUCAUCGAUCCGACUCCACGACUUCGUUACCCAACAAUCAACAACAAGGAAAGGUUAACAAGAUCGUGACGGACCAAGAGGAGGCUGAUGCAGAAGAUGUAAAGCAUCCGCCAAAGGUACUAUUUACGGACCAGAAGGGGAAAGAUGUAGCGCACAAUCCAGGUACACUUGAUGUCACAGAUAGAGCCUGA